GAUGAGUUAAGUGUCUCAAAGAUAAAGAAGUCCUUCUCCCUAAUCCCCAGAAAAGGUUGCCUAAAGGGAGAAAGCAGCUUAAGCUAUGAAAAGACGUAACUAAACAUAACCAAGCUUUUUCGAAAAAUAUGCUUAUCAUUUGGUCAUUGGAGCAUUCGGAUUUGUUUGUGUUUAUGCUUUGUUAUCCAUUUUGACACGAUCAAGCAAGAAAUUAACAACAGCUCCUGUAAUAGAUGAAGAAGAAAUAGCUGCUCAUAAUUCAUUAGGAUCUUAUCUCUAAGGUCCAAAUGAUUUCUUUAAAGAUUGGAAAUUUAGUGAUGCUAAAUUCAUUUUCAACAAUCAUUUAACAUUCAAAGGAAAAAUUUAAUAAUGUCCUGAAAGUGGUGUUAUAAUACCAGAGAGCUACAAUUUCAGAGAAGCUUAACCAGAAUGUGCAUAACCAAUAUAUUUUUAGGGUAUUAAUAAUAUUAAUAUUUAAUAGGAAAUUGUUCAUCAAGUUAUUCAAUUGCUGCAGUAUCAGCUACAAGUGAUAGAUUAUGUAAAUCUAAAAAUGGAGAAUUCUAAGAUUAAUUAUCACCAUAAUCACCAAUUUCAUGUGAUGAUAAAAACUAUAAAUGUGGAGGAGGUAGUGUAACAAGAGUUUUGGAAGUUGGUAAGAAAUAAGGAUUUGUAUCAACAUCAUGUUUACCAUAUAGUGGAACAGAAGAUGCUAAAAAUAAUUGUGAUGCUCUUUUCUCAAAUUGUGAAAAAUAUAAAAUUCAUGAUUAUUGUGUUGUUUCAAGUGAAGAAAAUAUCAAAAGAGAAAUAUUGAAUAAUGGUCCAGUUGUAGCUGUAAUUUAAGUAUUUAAAGAUUUUCUUGUUUACAAAGGAGGAAUUUAUGAAGUUGUAGAAGGAAGUUCAAAGUAUUUUAUUUAUUAUAUAAUUUAGAUUCUAAUUUGGACAUGCAGUUAAAGUUAUUGGUUGGGGUAAAUAAGAUGGAGUUAAUUAUUGGAUAAUUGAAAAUUCAUGGGGAGACACUUGGGGAUUGAAAGGAUUAGCCUAUAUUGCAGUUGGUAUUAUAAAUAUUUAAUAUCCUUUUAGGUCAAAACUAAUUAUAAUUAGAAGCAUAUUCAGUGGCACCUAUUGUAGCUGUUUCAACCGAAAAAAUUGGAGAAUGAGUUU